CCUCAUGCGUCACUCACUGACUCGUGAAUGCAAGGCAUAGACAUUGGCGAGUAUGCUUGAUCCGAACGAUGAUCAACACCAUCACGUGAAUGACGUCUCUGUGAUCGAAUCUUGAAUGGGAAAAAGCGAUGCGCAGACACCAGCAACGGGCUAGGACAACCAAGAUGGUUGGCUUGGCGGACCGACUUGACCUGGCCCAGCGCCCGCGAGUGACGAGCCUAGACCACGAAGCGGGCAUCAUUCAGCAUCGACGAGCACCAUGGCUCAUGUUGUCUCCGUCAAGCAUCUCAAUAGGUCUGAACUUGAAGACGGCCCGCUUCCUGUUCGCUUUCGGUGCCAAUGUCGACCUGCAGUGAUGGACUCGGUGCGGUACACGUGUAACGCACGACGAUGAUGUGAAUGUUCAAGUCAAGCGUCGUGGAAUGAAUCGUGAAAUCACGCAUGG